UGUCCUACAAAUACCAGCAAACUUAUCCCUUUAAUCUGCACACGCACAAAAUCAAAAACUCACUGCUUGUUUUGAUUUCAACUUUGAAAUUUUAUUCAUUGAAUCCAUGGCAGAGAAGAGCAAAAUCCUAGUCCUCGGAGGCACAGGAUACAUUGGAAAAUUCUUAGUCGAGGCAAGCGCAAAAGCAGGACACCCAACCUUUGCCUUGGUCAGGGAGAGCACUGUUUCUCAUCCUGACAAAUCAAAGCUUAUCGAGAGCUUCAAGAGCUCCGGAGUUACCUUGCUUUAUGGUGAUCUAACUGAUCAUGCAAGCCUUGUCAAGGCAAUCAAGCAAGUUGAUGUUGUGAUCUCUACUCUAGGUGGAGCUCAGAUACAUGACCAAUUGAAGCUCAUAGCAGCAAUAAAAGAAGCUGGAAACGUCAAGAGGUUCCUCCCAUCUGAGUUUGGGUUUGACGUUGACCGUCACCAUGCUGUUGAGCCAGUGGCCAGCUUUUUUGGGGUAAAAGCGAUGAUCCGAAGGGCAAUUGAAGCUGAAGGAAUUCCUUACACUUACAUAUGUUCUAAUGCUUUUGCCGGUUACUUCUUACCCACACUUGGACAGCAAAAUGUCACUGCUCCUCCCCGGGAUAAGGUUGUCAUUCUUGGAGAUGGAAAUGUCAAAGUUAUUUAUGUCAAGGAGGAGGAUAUUGGGACUUAUACCCUCAAAGCAGUGGAGGACCCAAGAACCUUGAACAAAAUUCUGUACCUGAGACCCCCCGGUAAUAUUUUGACCUUCAACGAGCUUGUCUCCUUGUGGGAGAACAAGAUCAAGAGCACCCUUGAGAAAAUUUAUGUUCCAGAGGAACAACUUCUUAAGAGCAUCCAGGAGACUCCUUUCCCUGGGAACUUGAUGAUGGCUUUAGGCCACUCAAUGAUGGUAAAGGGGGAUUGUACAAACUAUGAGAUUGACCCUUCUGUCGGGUUGGAAGGUUCUGAACUUUAUCCUGAGGUCAAACACAUCACCGUCGACAACUAUUUGAAUGCGUUUGUCUGAAAUCUAGGGAAUGUGUUAUUGCCAAUAUGUAAAUGGCUCCACCCCCAAGUCAAUAAAACCAGAGCAUCUUGAGUUUAAUUGGUCGAGAGUUUGUACUUUGUCUUUCCGUUGUACUUACGUGCUUGAGUUGUUGUCAAGACUAUCCUUCCAUUUUUUACUUUUCUUAGCUUUAUGUUGUUCGAAAGUUCUUCUAAUAUUGAAGUUUUAUCACAAUUUGUUU